AUCUUCCAACAAACACUUCGUACCAGUGAAUCAUCUUUGAUCGGUCAAUUUCUUUUUGCACAAAAAAAUAAAAAUAAAUAAAUAAAAACAUUUCUAAAAUUUAAUAAUAAACAAGUGUCAUGUUUCAUUUUAUCUUUUCAUUUAAUUAAUAAUGAAUAAAUGCAUUACACGUGGCGUAAUUGUGUAUUAAGGUGAAUUCAAUUUAUUCAAAUAAGAUGAUUUCUCGAUAUCAGUUAAUCUGCGCCCUUAUACUAUUUGGAUUAAUGGUAAUCUACCAAACAAUGGCGCAAGUAGACGGUUAUACGCCUGGGGUAGACUAUCCAAUAUACGACUCUGUACCAUUUGGAUUGACUUUUACCUGCAGAGACAAAUUACCUGGUUAUUACGCCGAUCCAGAAGCCAGAUGUCAGGUGUGGCAUUGGUGUGUACCCGGAGGAAGACAAUUUAGUUUCCUCUGUCCAAAUGGUACUGUUUUCAGUCAAACGACUCGAGUCUGUGAUUGGUGGUUUAAGGUGGACUGCAAUGAUUCUCCUCGAUUAUACAGUAUCAACGAAGAUUUGUAUCGAGAUGCACGAGGAAAUUACAUUUAAAAAGAAAAUAUAUAUAGAACAAAGAAGAAUGCACACAUUUUAUUUAAUUUUUUGAUAAAAAAAAUUUUUUCUUUUUUGAUACUUUGACAAAGAGUUUGUUACCAAAAAAAGAUGCUGUAAAUAUUAGAAUAGUUUUUGUAAAUGUAAUUAUAAAAAGCAAAAAGUUGAAAUAAAUAAAUUAGCAAAUGCUAAAAUAACAAA